AAACAUAGCAGCUCCAUCUGCCUCCACCUCCCAGCUCCAGCAUGACCCUUACUACGCCAGUGAUGCAGAGCUGUUGGCUGCUGCCGAAAGUCUCCUGGAUGAGUCGGAGGUGUCGGUCUCCACCCAGCUCACCACCGUGGGAGAGCUGGCUCCAUCCAGCAGCCAGCCGGCGGCGGCGUCCCAACAGCUUCCCUCUGCCUCUGCCGGCAUCCUGCUGGAUCUCUGAUGGGAGACCGCCUCUGUCAUCGAGUCCAUCCUCGCUGACUUCAAGGGGCCAGCAGGUCUAGACAUAGACAGCAUCCCCCUCUUCAAGUCUGCAGAGGCCGUGGAUUCGCACUCUGCGACAGCGAGCAAACAUCUUGGAUGCAUGCAGGAUCCCCCUGGCAUCCAGCUGUGUGUGGCUGUGAAGACGGUGGUGCUGAAUGGCGUGCAGCUGAACAAGUACAGGUGCCGGCGUGGCAGCAACUGUCUGGAGGGGCUGCAUGCACACCUGUACAACGCCAUCCCCUCCAAGAGAUGCGGGAUCAUGCCAUUCCAAGUGUACCUCAUUGCAUUUACCGUGCAGUGGAACACCCGCAUGGAGGCCCUCCGGGUUGCUGGUAGUCAGGGACGGCAGACGACGUGCAUGGACCCCCGGCAGAUCCAGCGCAUGAACCAGCAGGCUGAGGUUCUCUUUGGCAAGGAGCACGUGCCGGAGCCCAACUUUGCUGCUCCCCUUCCAUACCCUGAGCAGUACCAGGACCCAGAGGAGGAGGAGCUGCUUGGGGUGGAGUACGCCCUGUGCCAGUCCACUGCCUUCACUGCAAGGCAGUACUACGCCCAGAAAGCGGAAGACGAGCAGUCCCAUCAGGAGGAGGAAGAGGACUCUGCAGCAGCUAAUGAGAGGAUGGAGGAGGAGGAGCUGCUGGAUGAGGGUGUGGCCAUGGAGGAGGAGGACCCCAUAGACGGCGUCUGCAAGCAGCACGCCGUCCUCACCCAGGCAGUGGAGGUGAAGGAGGAGGACAGCCCAGCUCUGCAGGACGUGCUCAUGAGCCAGCGGCAUCUGCACCUUCCUGGCAUCGUGGAGGUGGAGGCCCUGGCCGUGCUGCUGCUGGAGCUGACGGAUGACAGCGACCACCACCACCUCGUGCCGGUCGCCCUCCGGCAGAAGAUUGUCACCGCUGGCUCUCUCCACGAGCAUGACAAGACUGCCACCAACUUUGUGAAGAAGUACGAGUCCAGGUGGGGCUACACCCUCUUUGGCCGAUGCCUGGGGCCGGAGACCCCCGAGAACUCCGCCGCUCAAAAGACAAAGUUUGGCUGGAUGAGGCACCCGCAGGCUGCACAGGUGACAGGACAGCCGUCUGCUCUACCUGCUCGUUAAGAUGCUCCAUCUGAUAGACUAAAAUAUUGACUCUUUGUUGUUUUACAGCUUUGUUUUCAUUAUAAUUGCAAUAUGUAAAUAAUUUUUUAUUUAUUUUACUCUAUAUUUAAUAUUUCUUAGAUGUUUUUAGCUAUGUAUUUAUAAUUUGUCAUAUAAGUAUCCUAUCCAUUUUUUCUACAAAUGUUUUAUAGCUUCUUAUUUAUAAUAUUUAACUACAUGUAAAUUAUUUUUCAUUUGUUUUCCUCUUUAUUAUUUAAGUUUUUUAGAUGUCUAAUAACUUAGUAUUUAUAUUUGCUAGAUGUAAAUUGUUUGUCAUUUAGAUGAACACAUUUGUCAUAUUUGU